AAAGUAACAAAAAAAGUGAAAAAUAAAAAAAAUGGCUCUACGUUGUGCUGGUCUUUUCCUGAGCAAGGAGGUAAGCUCCAACUUGUCCCAACAGAUGCGUGCCUUGAGCACCAGCGGUACCAUGAAGGCGAAUUUUCUAAAGAAUUCACCCAAUACCUCGUUGGACAAAUCGAUUUUGGCCCGUUACCGCAAUUUGGAAACUCCCAGCAAUCGCGUCCAGGCCACUUACUUGUGGAUCGAUGGUACUGGUGAGAAUAUCCGUUUGAAGGAUCGCGUCUUGGACAAAGUGCCCACUGGCGUCCAAGACUUGCCCAAAUGGCAGUACGAUGGCAGCUCCACCUAUCAGGCCCGCGGUGAAAACUCCGACACCACCCUGGUGCCCCGUGCCAUCUACAAGGACCCCUUCAAGCCCGGCAAGAACGACAUCAUUGUCAUGUGCGACACCUACCAGGCCGAUGGCAAGCCCACCGAAUCGAACAAGCGUGGUGCCCUGCAAGAGGCCAUUGAAAAGGUUGGCGAUCAGGAGCCCUGGUUUGGCAUUGAACAGGAAUACACUUUGUUGGAUGUUGAUGGCCGUCCCUUCGGCUGGCCCGUCAAUGGCUUCCCCGCUCCCCAGGGUCCCUACUACUGUGGUGUAGGUGCCGAUCGUGUGUAUGCUCGCGAUUUGGUUGAAGCCCAUGCCGUGGCCUGUUUGUAUGCUGGCAUCGAUUUUGCCGGUACCAAUGCCGAAGUUAUGCCCGCCCAAUGGGAAUACCAAGUCGGACCCAGUCUAGGCAUGAAGGCUAGCGAUGAUUUGUGGGUGUCGCGUUACAUUUUGCAACGUAUUGCUGAAGAAUUCGGUGUCGUUGUCACCUUCGAUCCCAAACCCAUGGAGGGACAAUGGAAUGGCGCUGGCGCCCACACCAACUUCUCCACCAAGGCAAUGCGUGCCGAUGGUGGCAUGAAAGCCAUCGAAGAGGCCAUUGAAAAAUUGAGCAAACGUCACGAUCGCCACAUCAAGGCCUACGAUCCCAAAGAGGGCAAGGACAACGAGAGACGUUUGGUCGGCCGCUUGGAAACCUCCAGCAUCGAUAAGUUCUCGUGGGGUGUUGCCAAUCGUGGUGUCAGUGUUCGUGUGCCACGUGGUGUUGCCGAUGCUGGCAAGGGCUAUUUGGAAGAUCGUCGUCCCAGUUCCAAUUGUGAUCCCUAUGCUGUGUGCAAUGCUCUGAUUAGAACUUGCUUGUUGAACGAAUAAGGAGGUGAAA